AUGGCAUCAAAGCCAGAAACUAUCGUCACAAAACGAGAUAGAACCAAGGAAAACUUCUCAAGAGCGGUUUGGCGACUGAUGAAGCGUUGCGAUCAGAUGCAUUCGCGGUAUGGUACAGACGUCUAUGUUCUCUUUAAGAGGAAGUACCAGCACUACGAGUAUAAUUCGUCACAGAGCACUUCGUUCCCUACGCCGCUCGCGGAACUUGAAAUUACCUACCCAGUGCCUACGAGAAGAACUCCGGCGAAUUUUGAUAAUUCCAGGCUGUCAGAAAGCCGUGAAUAA